UUUGAGAAGGACCUGUAUUUUUCCUCCAGUCACUUCCUCCUCAUUGCUAAAUACUUUGCAGGGCUUCUAUUUAACAGCCCGACAAAUACAUUUUGUAUUGCCCGAAGAACCCAACUAAUGUCCCAGCAACCAUAUGCACAUUUUGGAGGUGUGCAUGCCCCCCCAAGAUAAGGUAAGUUAUAAACCCUAUGAGACACGGAUCUUGCUUUUCCCUCAUCUGUUAAUAUGAUGACAGCUUAACUUCUACACAUUGAGUUUAAACUGCAGUCUAAAAACCUCACAACUAGUUCAGGUUAUCCUUAGUGCAAUAUGUUUUACAUCUACGACUCAGUCAAAUCAAAAUACCGUCCAUUCCUCAUGUGUGACAAGUUACAGUAAGAGUAACCUUUCCAGCAACUACCUGCAUUGUGAAGAGACACUUCUGUGAGUGCUUAGAAAGAAGGCAGCUAGGCUUCUGUUCUUGAUUCUGUAAGAUGUCAUCUUUAGUUCUGGUCAUUAAAUGUUAUUUCAUCUAUUUACAUAAGGAGUGAAGUACUUUUUAGACUGUCAUUCACAACCUUUGCAACAUCCUCAACACCCACCUUAAAGAUGAUAACAGUCAAUACAUUGCCAUGGCAACAACGUUUUUCAUCCUAACAACUGCCUAGUCGCCCACAAAAGUCCAACAGCAACCAUCACCAAGCAACCCCCUCCCUGUUCUCUGUUUUUCUAUUGAAGGAGCAGAGGAGGAGGACUGAAAAAUGAUGCUGCACAUAAUAAACUCUGCAAGAGGAGAUUAUUUGCUCAAAGUGGAGGAAAAGCACAAUAUUAACAGUGUAGAAGGCAUAAGUAGGCUUAUACUAUAGUUAGAUUGUUAGACUUGCUGUAAAACAACAGAUUAUAAUAAUUACCUCCUUAUAGAGGUUGGAAUGGACUUUUUAUUACAACGUUUAUGUUAUGCAACAUGGCUGCAAUGCUCUCACUGUUAAUACACUCAACAAUCAUUGAGCUAAGUCAUGUGUUGCUUAAAGGCACAGGAUGUCCUGCUAGAGGACGUUGUAUUGUACAAUGCUUUCCGUUUGCCCACUCCAAAAAUUCCAGGUCUUGAUGUAAAGAGGCAGCUGGGAUGUUUGAAACUCUACAGAAUCCAUUGUAACAUGUUGAUUUUAACUAAUUAAAAAGGGCAGCUUGUUUCCUGAGUAUUGCUUUUUUUCACUAACUCAGCUCUUAAACAGGAAGUUCUUGCAGUACAGCUGAAAAGUAACAGUUCAGGGAGGGACAAUGCUGGACAGACAGUUCAUUUCGGUUUUUCUUUGUAAUCUUAACUAGUGAUCUUCACACAUUUUUAGAAAUGCUUUGCCAUUUUCAUCAGCAUUUUCUUGAGCUGAAUGUAAUGUCUAAACACAUCCCUGAUCUUAGCUGCACUCAGUGUGAGACCGGACACGGCUGACAGGAGGGGGUGUGGCCAACACAGGGAGGAAAUGUAGGCAGGAACAUGUGACUGUAGCUGUUUUCCCAAACACACACACACAUACACACACACACAGGGAUUGACUCGAGUGGACUUUUCUAGUCAGAAAGUAGCAGGACUGGAACAUUUUUUGGACUUACUCGAUUGCUGAUAAGUUUGAUGAUCAUUAACAUUUCUGGCUGCAGACGUUUAAUCUUGGAUAACUUGUAAUUAUUUCUGGAUAAUCGAAACCUUGAAGAGCAUUUUGAUUAAUGCAUUUUGUCAUAUUCCCCUGUACCCUGGUAGUGCUGGUUUUACAGCUGCUGCUGACAUAACAAGCUGGGUUUUCCUGUUAGGUUAGAUUUACUGGUAUGCGGCGCUGCAGAAAUGUAUUUAUGUAGCAGCUGACUUGUCAGAAAGUUUUACUGCUACUCUGCUUGUCAAACAAGGACAGCAUAAUACUGAGGAAAGAUAUGUUGACCUGGCAAAAUAUUAACUUAACCCUGAACUCUUCAACAGAAGUGGACGGAUGACAGAAACAUUUAUGUUGGUCGAAUUACCAAAUCACCUUGUAAACAGGGAAUGUUGUCUGGAGCUGACACUGCAUAAAAUAAACCCCGAAGUUCACGAUGAAUUCCGUGUGGAAGGGGAGUCCCAGUGUCCGGAGACGGUCACACACAAAGACAACUCCUUCAGCCAGUCGCCUUAUCUUCACGGCUCAGAGCGCUACAGUGACAGCAGCAGCGGUGUUCCCUCUGCUUCAAGGGGCCCCGCCAGCGUGGUCACCUCCAGCUCGGCCAGCUUGGCCUGGGCCCUACGAACCCGCCACCAGCCGGCAAGCCUGGCCCUCCGCAAGCAAGAGGAGGAGGAAAAUAAGAGAUGCAAGGCCCUCUCUGAUAGCUAUGAGCUCUCAACGGAUUUGCAGGAUAAGAAGGUGGAGAUGCUGGAGAGAAAGUAUGGAGGCUCCUUUGUAAGUCGCAGAGCAGCCAAAACUAUUCAGACGGCCUUCAGACAAUAUCGCAUGAAUAAGAACUUUGAGCGCCUCCGAAGCUCUGCCUCAGAGAGUCGCAUGACACGCCGCAUCAUCCUGUCCAACAUGAGACUGCAGUACUCCUUUGACGAGCGGCAGUCCCAGCAACAGGCACAGACACAGACCAACUUCACACACAGUGUGGCCAUAGGGCCUCCUCAUUCCCCUGAUCCCGGCCGCUCUACAGACUACACCCAUCUGGAGGAUUCCUUCUCCAAACAGGUCAAGUCCUUAGCCGACUCGAUUGAUGAUGCCCUUACCUGCCGUGCGGGUCGCGAUGACUCCCAGGAGGGCAGCAGGGAGGGUGGACCUACCAGUGAAGACUUUGGAGAGUGCAUGUGGAGUAGCAGCAGCAACCCAUCCUCCCAAAGAGGUUUGGGAGAAAGAGGCAGAGGAGCUGGAGGAGGACUCAGUAUGCAUGGCGACAGUACUGCCACCUCUUACAGUGACGUUACUCUUUACAUGGAUGAUGGGUUGCCAUCUUCUCCGCUGUCCCUUGACCGGGCACCCAGCAGCACAGAUACAGAGUACUGGGGCCCUAGCGGUGGUGUUGGAGGGCGUGAGGACAGCAGGGAUACUGAAGGAGGGGGCAGCAGCAACAGCAGGCGCAGCACCCCAUGCACAGAGUGCAGAGACUACCGACUAAGGGGGGCCCAUUUGCCUCUGCUUACUAUUGAGCCACCCAGUGACAGCUCAGUAGACAUGAGUGAUCGUUCAGACCGAGGCUCCCUCAGCAGACAGCUAGUCUAUGAGCAGGAACCUGGGGUAGUUUCAGGCUCCCCACAGGGAACCCUCAAGCACACCCCGAACUCAGACACCCACUCUUCCUCCGCGGCAGCUGCCCAGGGUCAGACCAGGCCACCUGGCAGAUCCAUACCAACACAUAUCCCACAUCAGGUGGUAGCCCACCACCACCAUCACCACCAUCCAAUCCACCACCAUCAGUACCCUGACACACCCUCAUCCUCUUCCUCCCCUCAGCAGCCCCCAACCACCCCUCUGUCAUCUUCCUCCUCAACAGCUCUGCCAUCCGGUGCUCUGGAGCAGCCUUGCUGCUCUGAUGGAGAUAACGACUCCCUCAACUCCACCACCAAUUCCAACGAGACAGUCAACUGCAGCUCAGGCUCCUCAUCUCAGGACAGCCUGCAGGAGCCUCUUCCUCCUCUGGGCAAGCAGACGUAUCAGAGGGAGAGCCGCCAUAGCUGGGACUCUCCACCCUUCAACAGCGAUGUGGUGCAGAGACGUCAGUACCGCAUUGGUCUCAAUCUCUUCAACAAAAAACCAGAAAAAGGCAUCCAGUACCUGAUAGAAAGAGGUUUUGUAUCAGACACUCCUGUUGGGAUUGCUCACUUCCUCUUGGAAAGGAAGGGCCUCAGCCGGCAGAUGAUUGGCGAGUUUCUUGGAAACCGGCAGAAACAGUUCAACAAAGAUGUUUUGGACUGUGUGGUGGAUGAGAUGGAUUUCUCAGGUAUGGACAUCGACGAUGCUUUGAGGAAAUUCCAGGCGCAAAUUAAAGUUCAAGGGGAAGCGCAAAAGGUGGAGAGGCUCAUAGAGGCGUUCAGUCAGCGGUACUGUGUGUGCAAUCCGACCUUGGUGCGGCAAUUCCAGAACCCUGACACCAUCUUCAUUUUGGCGUUUGCCAUAAUCCUCCUCAACACGGACAUGUAUAGCCCCAACAUCAAAGCGGAGAGGAAGAUGAAACUUGAAGAUUUCAUCAAGAAUUUGAGAGGCGUGGACAAUGGUCAGGAUAUACCCCGGGACCUGUUGGUUGGGAUCUACCAGCGAAUACAGAAGUGGGAGUUACGGACAAAUGAUGACCACGUAUCGCAGGUGCAGGCAGUGGAAAGGGUUAUUGUUGGCAAGAAGCCUGUGCUGUCCCUUCCUCAUCGCAGGCUGGUGUGUUGCUGCCAGCUCUACGAGGUGCCUGACCCCAACAGACCUCAGAGGACAGGAGUUCACCAACGCGAGGUCUUCCUCUUUAAUGACCUGCUAGUGGUAACCAAAAUCUUCCAAAAGAAGAAAACAUCAGUCACUUAUAGUUUCAGACAAUCUUUCCCUUUGGUUGACAUGCAAGUGCACAUGUUUCAGAACUCAUAUUACCCUCACGGCAUCCGGCUGUCCUCAUCCAGCCUAGGGGGAGAGAGGAAGGUUCUUGUCGUGUUUAUGGCACCUAGUCAGCAAGACCGCACCCGGUUUGUUAGCGACCUCAGGGAGAGUAUUGCUGAAGUGCAAGAGAUGGAGAAAUACAGAGUGGAGUCGGAACUGGAGAAGCAGAAAGGUGUGAUGCGGCCCAGCUUACUGACUGGCACUGUGGUUGGUGGAGGCGUAGGUGUGAAGAGCGAUGUUGUGAAUGGCGCCUUGGGAAGGACGAGUUUUGAUGACAACUGUUCAGUGGGUGACGGUCUCAAACGCACCGCACUCAGCUCAUCUCUCAGGGACCUCUCGGACACAGGGAAACGUGGUCGCAGGAACAGUGUUGGUUCUCUGGACAGUACAAUGGAAGGCUCCAUCAUUAGCAGCCCACAACCUCACCAGCGCUAUCCAGUGCCAGGUGUGAUCCCUGGCUGUUACGGAACAGAAGAAUUCCGGCCUCACCGCCCCAUCCUGAGCCCCGGAACGGGGGUGGGGGGUGGGCCGGGGCAGCAAAUUACCACUGCUGGGACAGGAGUUGGGGGAGUCUCCAGCAGUGUAGAGAGAUCAGGAGCGGGGGGCGCCCCUGGAGGGAGCAACAGCAGCAACAACAGCGCCUCCUUUCUGGGUUCACUCUUCGGCAGCAAACGCGUCAAACCACCAGGGCCCCUCAUUCCACCGGGGCCACCCUACCCCGCACCUGUACCCCCACCGACUACUGGAGGACCCCCUCCUCACUCCCCUUCAUCCCUUUGCCAGUUGGAGGGGGGGGCUUCCAAGAUUCAGGCACUACAUGCACAGUUCUGUCACAUGGGUACAAUACAGCCUCCGCCACCUUACUACCAUCACCAUCGUUUUCAUGUCCAACCUGUGCCCCCUCCUUUGCAAGGCGUGCCCCCUCAUACUUUACAGAGAGGCCCACUAACUUGUCGUCCUCCGGCUGGGCCACCACACGUCCAGCACCCGCAGCUGGCCCAUCUCUCCCAGCUCUCCCAGCAUGGGCUUCAGGGUCGCUACACCAACAUGGUGGUAGGAUGUCCCCCCCCCCUUUCUCCUCUCUCCCAACAUUCCCAGAGCCCGCAGUUCGCCCUCUACCACGUGCAGCCCACACAAUCUGCCAGAGGGGUCGGCGGCCCUGGUUCCAAACCCCCACUAACGUUGUCUCUUUCCCACCCCCACCCCCACGCACACUCCCAAACCCACCCCAGGCACGCUCAAACACCACACCCAACCAGUCAUUCCACCCAUCAAGCACACUUUAUAUUCGGCACACUGCCCCACAACCUUCCAUCCGCCUCCGUCAGUGCGCAUCACGCAGCCUCCGCCGUCCCGUAUCUGCCCCAGUACCCUCCUCUCUCCUCUAUCCCCCCUCCCCCACCACACUCCCCUUUACCCCCCCCUUCGUCCCCCCUUACCCCUCUUACACCUCUCUCCCCUCACCCCCCCCAGCACCAAGGGCAGCCUCAGCAGGGGCCGCAGGUGACAGGGGCUGGAUCGACAGGUACGGUGGGCAGCUCCAAAUCCAAGCCUAUCAACCGGAUAAGUACCGUGGUGUGAGCAGGACGUGGACCUCCAGGGGUCACCGGUUGGAGGACAGAUAUGAGGAAGUGGGCAGAUCACGGACUCGAAGCAAGUCCGCCCGGACAGAAAGCAACAGCAGCAGUGCUGGCGACAAGAGAAAACGCAGGCUGCUCCGACUCUGUUACUUUCACCUCCGCUUCCCACAUAUGUAGGUGGAGCUUAAGAGAACAGCUAGAGGUAAAUGGCUUGUGUCAAGAUACCUAAAAAGCUGCACACACAACACCACAUGAGCACAAGUCACUACUUUUGCCAUACACAAUCAAAAAGAGUCUAUAGCCAUAUAAGUUAAAAUGAAACUAAAUCUAUAUCUGAGUAUAAUGCUUAAGUUUUAUUUGUUUGAAGUCAUGAGUAUGUAUGAGAAUAUUACAAUGUAUAGUACCAAGAUGUUAUAAACAUUGCAGUUUAUGUAUCCACUGGCUGACAAUGGAUUUGUACAUAAAGACUGAACCACUGAAUGCAUUCCAGUUGUAGUUUUGCAUUGAAAAGAGAAAACAAAGUUGCAAAAAAAUCUCCCUUAACUUUGCAAUAAUUUACUUGGCUUCAUGAUGUCUCCAUACCUUAUUGCUGAUUACACUUUGCAGUUAAGGCAUUUUUUAUUCAAAAGAAGACCUCAGAUAUGUUGCUCUCUUUUAAACUUCUAAAACAAUCACAGGUUUAAAUGGUGUUCUGCCUUUCUGGUCUUACACACAUCAGCAGGAGUCAUGGGGCUUGUUAACGCUUUGUGUGUGGGGUUUGGGAAUCAAACGAGUGAUAUAAAUCAUAUUUUAAAUGUUUCUGAAGCUUCUUGCUGUUUUAUUGAUAUUAUGAUAUACCUGCUCUACCUGAGUAUAAUGAAUAUUGUCCAAUCAUUGUUUUGAUCAGUGAUUAAUGAUAUCAGCAAAAUGUUUGUACAUGGUUAUAGAAAGUAUGUGCGCAUACUUAUUUCGCCAUAAACACUGAAGGGUAUUCUGAUUUGUGAAAUGUGGUUUCUUUACAUAUUAUCAUAUUUUCCUUUCAGUUUUUAAUGUUCAGUAUUUCUUACUGUUAAAAUAAUGAUAUAAGUUUGGAUUUUUCCAAACAGAAUCAACUUAUUAGAUGACAUGUCCAAGAAAAUUAAUAUUGAGAGUUUAAUUUAUUUAAUGAGUUCCUCUACGUUGAAGAGAUGCCUAAAUGUGCUAGUGGAAAUUUAAUUAUCAAUAAACAAGCAGGGCACCUAUAGUUCACGUCAAGGUUUCGCAAACAGUAAUCUUCUGCUUGAAUGUCAAAUUAAUUUGGGGCUUUUAAUGAUUCAUUUUACCCAUUUUAUUCCAGGGUGGAAUGAUUAUACAACAUAUAAUUUUCAUGAUCUCUUAAUAACAAGGUCCAAAAGCUUAAAUGUAUUAUGGAUUUUAUCUGAUCCACACAGACCCGAAAUUGGGCAUACCGUUUCAAAUAUUUACAUACAUCCCCACUAAUACUUGCUUAAUUGUCCCUUAGCAAGUUGCAUUUUUUGUAGCCCUCAACAUGUUUUUGGGAUAAUCCUGGCAAGAUAUGUGACCACUUUCUUGUCAGAAUUUGUGAAGUUUAUCUAAGCUGACUGCUUUCCUGGCAAAGACUUAGCUUAUUUAGGACUUAACUUAAUUUUCAUUAGGUUUGAAACCUAAAGAUAGCCUGCAUUAUCAUUCCUAAACCUGCCUCCAUGAAUAUUUGGCUUCUUUGUCCUGUUUGAACACCUAAUUUUGUCUGAGUUUCAACAGUAUAGCUAACAAUUUCCUGGAUGGAUGGGUGGAUGGAUGGGUGGAUGAGUGGGUGGGUGGGUAUACCAACAGAACAACCAUCCCAAACUCACAUCAGUUUUGGCCAACUAGAAUAGGUAAUGCUUCGGGAAUGUCUCCGACCUUGACCAUGAAAAAUUCAUGGACUUAUCCUUAAAACCUAGUCAGUGCCAGGUUAUUUCAAUCAAUUUUGCCAAGAAUAGUGAUCAGAUGUCGAGCCAGAAUUUUGAUAGACGGUUGUUGAUGGCUACAAAAAGCAUGUGGUCAAGAUGCAACUUGAUAAGAGAUCCAGUAUUAAUAGGAUUGUAUGUAUAGAAAUCGGCCUGUUUUUGUCAUCUUUAUCCUGUCUAGAUUUAAGAAAUGCCACAAUGAAAUAAACUUCUCGACCCAAGUUAUGCUUUCAAAAAUCACUAAAGAUGUAUACUGCAUAAUCAUUUCACCCUGCAAAUAGAAAAACUUAAGUAAAUCAUUAGAAGCCUAAAAUUAAUAUCAUAUUUUUUGCUCUGGAUGACUGUGUGUAAACCUCUGACUGAAACCGGGACUAUUUGCUAACAAUUAUCAGAUUUUGGUAAUUGUGUCUUUUUCUAUGUUAAAGGAUGCACGUUUUUACAUGAAGCUUUGUGGUUUUGCACAUGUGGGGUCCUAAGUAAGAAAUGGUCUUCUUCUAAUCCUCCCUCUUCUACCACUCUGGAAAAAAAUUUAUUAUAUUUUCUGAUGCCUUGUUAUAUUUUCUGACGCCUGGUACGUACUGUAAUUCAUGUUCUUUUGUUUGUUUUAUUAUUUAUUUAUUUUCUUGUGGGCUUUAUGUAAGUGUUUCUCCUUUUUUGCUACUGCAUUUUUCAAGAUAAAACUGAGCACUGAUGUAUUUAAUAUUCAGUGCCAUAUUUUUUGAUCCAGAAAAGAAUAAAUCAUGGAGAACAAAAUUAAAAUGUCUCUUUAAUAAGAUGAUGAAAAAGAAUGGCAAAAUUUGGGAAGAAUUUAAAUUUUAAAAAGGGAUUUCAAGAAGGUAUGGAGAGUGUUAAGAAUAUUAAAAAUUUCAAAGUAUGUUACGGCUAUUCUUUUUAUUGUGUCCUUUUUAACUAUUCUUGCAUGAAUAUAUCUGCACUUAAUGAAUAGAUUGUACUGUAUAAACAUGAAUGUACAUAUUAAAAUAUACAUAGGCUUCUUAUAAUUAUGGGAUGAACUGCUCCCAUUCUGUAUUCAGGUGCGUGCAUGUGAGUGCCUCUAGGUAUGCACAUUUUAAACAGACAGGGACGGGAAAUGUUGUCCAAAAGGAAUAUUGACCUCUUCUUUUCUUAUUGUUUGAUACUGCCAGAGCGAGAAUGAGUUACAGCAAUUAUAAAUUCAAGGCCUGAGAAAAGUUAAUAUGUUAAUAUGUCAGUGCACUUAUUGAUAUUAUUUUGAACAUGAUUUCAUUUUUUGUGUAUGUAUUACAUGUACUGGAAGAAUAAAGAACUGAGAUGUGAAUAUUUAUUGCUUCUGAUAAAUUAAAGUGUCCUUGCAGUGAAGUAA